AUCCUAGUGUCCUGCUGACAGCUGUCCGUGUGUGUUGAACUGUUGCUGUGGACAUUAUGGGGUCGCUCUGACCACGGUCUCGGCUCUGGAGUCCACUUCGCAUUUUGAGCGACGCCCCCAAAUUCCGUGCAGAGUGUUUGCAGACCCUCCGGGACGGAGAGGUGGAGGAGGAAUCGGCAGCUCCGCCGUCCAUAUACACUACAAUCACCACGCCAUUAGUUCAUGACUUCAUCAUACGUGUGACAGGAAGAGUUCGGGCCCGGUUUAGAAGGUAAGGGGACACGUUUAAACCAAUACUUCCUGAUGAUUUUUUCCCCCGGUUCGGGUUUCGUCGCCUUUUCCUGCGCGCGGCGCCGUGUCGCAGCGACCACUCGGACUGUGGUCAUCUCGCCGUGGCGUCGGUCGAACACCGUCUUCUUAGCUCUCCAGGACUCUGAGGCUGCUGCAGAGAAUGGGAAUAGGGACCCAGGCCAAGGCUUGCCAUUUUGGCUGAAGUAACAGCAGGACGGUUGUCAACCCCGCGUCGGCUUCAAUCCCCUUCUCCCUCACCUCUCCUCCCACACACACGCACACACUCGCACAAGGACAGACACCCCCCACACACAGCCACUGCUAUGUCCACUGCCGUAGACAUCGCUGGCCCUUCCUCCCCAGAUCAGGCCCACAGCAGCGCUAAAAUCCCCAAUGAGCCAUUGAGACCCAGCCUUAAGCGCUCCAACCACCCCUACAGCCUCUCCCAUUACAUCUCCAGCCCUUCCCCGGCUGUGGACGUCAAAGGCCUGAUCCAGCCCUCCCCGGCCCAGCAGCGGGCCGCCCAGCCGGUGCACACUAAACCUCGCCGGGCCCCCUCCUGGCCCGACAUGUGGGAGUCGCCCAGCGGGCUCCACCUGGCCCACGCCGCGGAGCUGCUGAUGCGCGCCGGGCUGCUGGCUCUGACCCCCGCCACCACGGAGCAGGCCAGCCUGGGCGCGCAGAGCAGCCAGCCCGCUAAAAGGGAGGCCGCGGAGGCAAAAGGGGACGGGGAGGGCGGGGGAUCCGGGCCUGAGGAGGAGGAAGAGGACUCCUCUGGAUGCGGCACUGACUUCCAACCGUUCCUGGGGGCUUGGUUCCCCUUCAGCCCCGCUCUGUUUCCCCUGGCGGGCUUCCAGAUGGGGGGAGGCCACUGGAGGAGCGCGGCCAUGGGAGCUGAGGGCAUCGAGGGGCUGGUGGCCGAGGGCUACUCUCCCGGCUCCCUGGGUGGGGGCGGCGGAGGGAGGAGGAAGAGGAAGAGGUGCGGGGAGUGCGUACCUUGUCGGCGUCAGACGAACUGCGAACAGUGCAGCAGCUGCCGCAAUCGCAAGAGGGGACACCAGAUCUGUAAAUACAGGAAGUGCGAGGAGCUGAAGAGGAAGCCGGGGGGGCCCGGGUUUGAGAGCAGAGUGUCUGGGUUUGACCUAAGGGGCUCCGACUUUACUUUGGGUCUGGCACAGGAAAGAGGCAACGGUGCCUUGGAUGGAUAGUGAUGUACGUGGUGGCAGCAUUUGUCAGAGGAUCCUGGUUGGAUGAUUGUUGAGGAGCUGCAGUUAGUAAAAAAAACACACCCGGGACACCAUGUUAACACACCCCGAACUGUGGUUCAGAGAUGUUUAAUGAGGAGCUGCAGCUCCGUUUAAGAAUGUCCACGCUCGUUCCCAUCCUUUCUUUUGACAAUCAGUGAAUUGGAGAGGAGAGAAAGAAGGAUACCAAUGUAUGUCGAUAUUUAGAUGACGACAAAAAUGCUGUAAAUAGACUGUAAAUAUCUGGAAAACAUUAUGUCUUUUUUACAUCCCUUUCCAGUUUGGAUGUAUUGUGUUUCAACAUAAAAAAAAAGGAGCCAAAUGUUUUGUUUCUAAUGGGGGAGUUUUGUUUCUGUCGUUCUGACGUCACUGCAUCAGUAAGAAAUGAAUGAGUUCAGCCGAGGCUAAAUUAUUUCAUGUGCAACUUGUACUGUAUAGCUCUGUUUGCCCUUUUGAAAUAAAAGAAAUUGGCCAUGUUUA